CUUUCGGCUCGUUCGUUCCUCGCUUUCUCUCUCUCCACGCCACUAGUUUUCGAUCGGAUCGCAUUGUGGCCGACACUCUUUCGUGUCUAUCAAAUCAUUUCACAAUAACACACGCGCCACACGAACCACUUUGGCACGCACGGCUUGGUUGGAGUUGAAACGAUUCGACAGCAGGGUCACCAAACACCAAGACAAGCCACCCUUUUGUUUAGCUCGGGAGCUUUUGUUCUAACAAUAGAACAUGUCUCGAAGACCAACUACCGCGGUUUCUUUAUUUUGCCUGUGGUCGUCGUCCUCCAUCUGUUGCACGCACGCCUUUGGCCCUAUACCCGGACCGUCCGUACCGUCGGCGUACCCCAGUCCACCGCCACACGGUCUCGAUGGACCUGUGUACCGGGGCAGCCGAGCCUUACGCUCUUCCACGUCCCCCACUUCUACCGGUAGCAGCUCUACCACAGCCGACAUUCUUUGGCAACGCUUCUGGGGGUACGCCCUGGGUGACGUUUUUCCACGGCCCGCUCCAGAAGCACCCGCACCAGCUCCCACUUUUGCGAGGCCGUAUCGGCCAAAGGUGACGUUUCUGGACGAUUCCGCGAUCGCCUCUUCCUUAUCCACUGCACCGACUAUCCGAUGGACGACCACACACGACAGUACGGCGUACCGAUACCAUUCACCGUCCGACUACGCCCUCGCCUUGGCAGGCGACAAGACGAUUGGACAACGCUCCAAGUUUCUCCAGCGACUGUUGGCCAACGAAUUCGCCCAGACCCACGUCUUGUGCGCGCACAGUCCGCUCGAUACCGUCGCCACCUCUUUUGCCAACGAUGUAACGUCCACCCGCGCCUUUGCGGCGUACACGCUCCACGACGGCGUCACGACCGGUUCCGAUCAGGCGUGGGUGCAGAUUGUGUAUCUGGAUCAAGCACAUCGUGAUAUUUUGUUGCACACGGUGUCCGAAUGCGCACGGCAACACGGCGUCGACACUGUACGGUGGACAGUGGAUCGACGGAACCAAAAGGGUCUCCUCUUUUCCCACUCCGUCGGCGCGCAGGUCAUUGACACAGCCGGGGACCGGCAUAUUCUACAACUCCUUUUGUAG